AUGCCGGACUCCGCCUUCUCCACUUUCGGUCAGCCGUCUCUCGCCCACCUCCUCCUUCACUUCUCCCCCUUCUCUCUCUCUCCCCAAUCCCUCCUCUCCCUGCCCUUCGCCUCCACAGUCCCGUCCCUCUCCCCCGUCAGCCACCUCGUCGUGACCUCCGGCCAGCCUGAACAAAUAUCCAUCAACAACGUCGAAUUCUCUGAUACCCCCAUUUUUUACGACGGAUUUGUGUUCGUCUACACAAUUGACGGGCGUGCCAGAUUUGCUGCCGAGAUUAAUUACUUUUCAGCUCACAGACGAUCAAAUCACCUCGGUUCAGGAGACUAUAGAGAAUUCGAAAUGAUUCCGGGUUUUGCAGUGCUAGUUGUUCCUCUGUUUUACUCAUCGGCCAACCGAUAUGUUUUUUUCUGUCAGAUGAGAAGAGAGGUGAAAAUGGAGACUCGAAGGUCGGAAAAAGCUUCCAAUAAAAAGGCUAUGGAAGACAUAGGUGUAAAAAGGCUAUGGAGCACAUUAGUGGAAUUAUUUUACUGGUUUCGUAGAAUGGGAAUAGGUUCAAAGUAUAUGAAUUUUAUGGAUUUUGCAAGAGAAGCUGCCGAAGCCAUGUCGUUAGCUGCAUCAAGUGUUGAACAACAACAGACCACAUACGGAGCUGUUGAUACGACAUCAGUUCAAGGAAAACAUGAGGUUUACAUUUAG